GUCUGAGCAACCACCACAGCAUACUCGAGUAUUGUCCUCCAAAGCACGCUUCACAUUUCGUACUCUUUUUUUGCGCCCUCUCCGUAUCCCCGACCUCCCUCAUUACCUUUGCCAUCUGAUAGAUGCCCAAAAAGCAUCAACAGAAGGCGCUAUUGACCAAACCGCAAUCGAGCGUUCCCCAGACGCUAUCACUAGCCAAAUGGUCGACAUCCACAUAUCAGCAUGAACCCGCGCGAAGGAGCGUCAACGACCUCAUUCGUGAAUCUCGUCGUCUUCAAUUGAGAAACGAGCCACGAAGUCCUACCGCACAAAAUGCUGCGUCCAUCCCUCCUUCCUUGAGAGCAGUGCUCGAUCUCCCUCCCCCACCGCCACCCGCCCCUCGUUCAGGCGCAAGAUCUAGCGGACCGAGUCGAUUGCGACGCAUCCCAGGCCCGCCGCCUCCUCGGAGCUGGCUUACAGACAGCAUAUAUGCUCCCAAAUCUGUCAAGACAACAGCAAAUGGACAAGACAUUGGUCAUCGUAUUCAAGUCCGCACAAGCAACCUCCCAGAUGGAUCGUUCCCUCCUGCUUGUUCCUUGCAACAUUUGAUCCUCACGAAGAUAGCUAGCAACUGGGAAUGGCACGCUCAGAACGAUGAUGAUUAUCUGGAGUUCCUGCCCACCAACUUGAAAGAAACGCUAUUGAGUUACAUUGCGGUGUACAAUGAGGCACCAAGCAACCCCUUGCGCAUUUUGUUCCUGAAUGGGAGCACACUUGAAGACCGUGCUGAAGUACGUCGCUUGGACUUGAGUAAUGGCCUCGGACUAUGGACUACUUCCAGACAGCUUGAAAGAGACCUGCUCGUGAAGCAAGGUCCAUCCGAGAAAGUCACGCCUAGUACGGCUGACAAGGUCGACCCCCCUCCCCAGGCGCCCGACAGCUGGGAUGCUGCUGAUGACAGCGAUGAUGCGAUCGCACCGACCAUCAUUGCAGGUCCCAGGUACAUACACAAUUUCCCUAACAUCAGGCAUUUGUCUCUGGCAAUCUCCCCAGCCAAUACUAGGGCAGCCUCCUGGGCUUCUCUGCUAUCUCUCGCAGCCGAGCUGCGAACACUAACAUCUCUGUCGUUGGCACACUGGCCCCAACCGACUUUCACCCCGAACGCGGCGUCUACCAGAGCAGUCAUCAACAGCCCAGGAGCCCGGCCAGUAGUGUAUGGUGGAUCCGACAUAUACACGGCGUAUGAUAACGACUGGCGGGAAGCAGCAGGAAUCCUGCGGACGCUAAGCAGGUCUUUGUAUUGCUUGAAAUGGUUGGACUUGACAGGCUGUGGAGACUGGUUCGCAGCAUUGGAAUGGAGUCCGUCAGACACCGCCUCUUUGGAGAAAUACGGCCCUGAGUGGAAUGGUGGUUGGAGAGGACUGGAAAGGCUUGUUCUCGAGGUUGGGUGGAAGCCUGUGCCUCCCUUGCUCAGCGAGUCCAUGGCAAAGUGUGAUGAGUCCUCCUGGAACGUGGAGAACGAGCGAGAGCUGUAUCGCUUUAACAAAGAACGACAGAGGUUCGCCCAGGUUCGUGGGACUGCGCAAUCAGUCGCACGACAUCUGCGCUCCAUCCGAAAGAAGCGCGGCGGGAAAUGGAUCGAAGUCGACUUUGGUGAAGAUCUCUCUCCUGAGGCCCAAGCUCUCAAGCCCCGAACGUGGGAUUUUUUAUGAUCAUAAUGUCGUAAA